AUGGCUCUAAUCAAUUUCACAUGUCCUAACGAGCUUUCGCCACCUACAGACGCAUGCCAUAUCUUGCUCAAAGAGAACGCAGCACCUCCACAGCAAGCUCCUGUCCAGGCGACUAAUGUGACCUCUGCCACCAAUGCCGGCCCACGCAAGGGGAGCGCCAUAUCCUACCCAGCCAUACCAUCAAAGACCACUGACGAGCACCUCUCGUCUCAAGUCCGGGACUCUGCUCUCCAAGCAUCUCCACAACCCACGACCUCCGCACCAGCAAACAUUGGCCGACGUCGAGCAGCUGGCCUCUCGACACGCCUCGCCAGCACACCGCCCCGCCCAUCACGGUGGCAACAAAUUGGCGACAUCUUCCUCCAGAAUCCGACUUCACCGUCUUCAACUUCCCAGAACAAUGAUGAGAGAUCAAGAAUCGAUGAUUCGCCCCUUGAGAGUACGUCUGAGAGAGCUGCUACGAGGAGACUGCAGUCGGAGUCCAAGCACCGGGCCCUCUGGGACGACAAUGUCUUAGCCGAGACCUCAUUCACACCGGCUCGUCUACUCGGGCUCAUAAUAGACCCAGCGCCAUCACACGGCCAGCUUCCAAGAUCCGCUCAACGGUUGACGCCUCAGCCCAUGCCUACUAAGGAGGCGAUCGAUGCCUGGCUCACCUCGACCGAGAAUGCGUCUGACACUUCAUCAGAUGAAUGGACAGGCGAUGAAGACUUCCUACCUCGAUCAGCCCGGGCGCGACAUCGUUAG